AUGGCUCCGAGAGGAAGACUUCCUCCACAAGAAGCGCUUCUGCUCCAGAAGCUGAUCAAUGACUGGAAGGUCGAUUUCGAAUCGGUAACCACGCCGGACGAGUGGGAUGCCGGAAGAUUGCCCUGCAAGCACAUCUUUGAACAGAUAUUGGAGAUCAAGUCCAUCACCUUUACCGACUAUCCUCGCGUGGAGCAUAGCGACAGGGAGGCUGCCAACCAGAAAAAGCUUCUUGUGAGGAGGCUGCAGGCAAAUGUGGCUCGAUGCAGGAGAGAGAAAGACAACGAGGCAGGGUGGAUCAACAACGUUGCCAGUCUCGUGUUUGAGAAUCUCGAUGGGUUUGAAUUUCGAUGUCAACUUUGUGACGCAUAUCUGUGGCUCCCGGACUUCGUCGCGUGCCCCAGCGAUCCUGUUGCGGCCCAGCGACUGCUUCAAGACCACAGUAGACGAACCAUCUGCAGGUGCAGUGCGUUCGAAAGAGCGGCCGUUGUGCGUAUUCGUCCAGCCUGCCCAUCGAUAUUCUCAAACAAGUCAGAUGAGCGGGUGGUCCAUAAAAGCACUGGGCUCCAUGACGUUAAAAUCGAUCAGAAAUACAAGAGACCUGAUCGAGUGUACGGCUUGAGCAUUACCAAAUCGUUUGACCAGUUUAGAGAUCGGCUGGGUACGUAUAGUCCCUUCUCUGGGGGACACACAUUGUUUCCAUUCAUGGUCGUGGAAGCAAAGGCAGAGAAAUCUGAUGCAGGAUUUCACGACAUUGAGCAACAGACAGCACUCAGCAUUCGCACGUGUCUGAAAAUCCAGACAGAUCUUGAGAUGGGAUCCAAUCAAGUCCUUGACGCUUUGGUGUGGUUCUUUGGAUUCCGGGGGGACGAAUGGCGCCUAUACCUGGCAAUGCCGGUCAACGAUAGGACAAAAGUAGUCGAUUGCUGGCACGGGUGCAUAUCUAAGGCCGAUGAGGCAUUGCAGCUUUUGCUGAUCGUCGACUGGAUUUGCUUCUGGGCUAGGGACGUACAUCCAACAGUGUUUUCGUCCCACGGAGAAUGGCCCACAACGAGGGAUGCCGCAAGAUCUAGAUCUCUAGUUCUUAGGUCUUCAAGACCUGGUGUCAUUCGGACUGAAAGUGAUGAACAACCCAAGAUAAACAGUCCUGAGAUCGAUCCUGAGGAGCUAGAAGACGCGGUCAUGCAGGAUGCUUUUAGCAAUGACGGCUCCGCGGCCUUGGAGUCUGCCGAUGACUCAGACCACGAAGGUGGUGGAAAUACUUCGCAAUUCCCGAAGAUGAUGUCAGUAUGCUGGAAUGCUUGA